AUGAACACAAAUGAGUCCAAGACCCAGUUGAAGACAGAGCCAUCUACAUGGAACACAUCCAGCAUGUCAAUCACAGAGUCAGUCGUAGAAGAGGGGCCCAGGGUUCACCGGGCAGUUAGCGUGUUCCAGCUCUACGUCCAGCCCUGGCUGGCUGAGCUGGUGGGCUCAGCCCUCUUUAUCUUCACUGGCUGCAUGUCUGUUAUUGAGAACGGGCAGGACACUGGGAGCCUGCAGCCUGCCCUGGCCCAUGGCCUGGCCCUGGGGAUCGUCAUCGCACUGCUGGGAGAGAUCAGUGGGGGCCACUUCAACCCUGCUGUCUCGGUGUCUGUCUGCCUGGUUGGGGGUCUUAAUAUCAUCCUCCUGAUCCCUUACAUAGCUGCACAACUGUGUGGAGGACUCAUUGGAGCAAGUCUGGCCAAAGUUAUCUCCCCACCACAAAAUUACUUCAACACAUCUGGUGGUGCGUUUAACACAGUGAAGGACAGAGCUCAGCUGUGGCCUGCCAUUAUAGCGGAGGUGGUUAUGACACUGUUUCUGACCUUGUCUGUGUGUAUGGGGGCGGUGAACAGCAAGACACGCACCUUCCUUGCUCCCUUCUGUAUCGGACUUACAGUCACCGCUGAUGUCCUGGCAGGAGGAGCUAUAUCUGGAGCCUGUAUGAACCCCGCACGGGCUUUUGGACCCGCAGCAGUGGCGCAUUACUGGACCUAUCACUGGAUCUACUGGGUCGGGCCCAUGAUUGGAGCACUGCUGACUGGGACUCUCAUUAGGUUAAUGCUUGGUGACGAGAGGAUUAGAUUGCUGUUGAAGUAACCUGACCAAUUCUGCCACUUCUGUAGUGUCUUUUGUACGACAUUCUACAGAAGUAGGGUGGUUUUUAGGUUGCUUUGCUUUGACUCUGUGGCUCAGUUUAUAGAACUUCUGUGAGAUCAAGGUCUAGAGACUGGUCUGGCUAGGUUGUUAGUUGACAUUGUCCUUGUUUUCCAUAUAGUUAUUGCACAAAUUGUAUUCAGUGUCAAUAUCCUGCUGAAAAAUGAAGGAUUAACCCUUUGGGAUAAAUGCUUCUGAAAUACACUGUGAUAGU